AUAAAUAGCACAAAUGCACUUGGCAUCCUUACCCUUCCAUAAUUUAGUACAAAGGAUGCUCUCUCCCCCCAUAUAAUUAAAUCUAUUUAGUGAAGGAUGGGGUCUGAUAAUCUCGUCAUCUGUUCCCUUGUUUUUCUCAAGUUGUUAAGCAUCAAUCGUGCAAGGUUGCCUCAAGAAGAGUAUUGGACUUCGAAGCUUCCUAGCACCCAAAUGCCUGAGUCCGUUCGAGACAUUUUACCUCCUGCUGGAGAGAUGCAUGCGACCGACGAGGCAUAUAAUGGCCGAGCUUAUGUCGUCUCAAAGCAUGAGUGCAGUGACAGAAUCGAUCCGUCUCUAUAUUUCCUUCGAAAGGACCUGCACGUUGGCAACACGAUGACCCUACAGUUUAUUGAGAAGACAAAUCCAGCAGUCUUCUUCCCCGGCCAGGUUGUGCGCUUGUUCCCUUUCUCGUCAGGAAGACUGGCCGAAAUCCUAAAUCGGUUUUUGGUGAAGAUCAGUUCUGCAGAGGCGGAUGAAAUAGAGAAGACACUUAAGAUAUGCGAAAUGGUGCCAGCCUUUGAUGAAGAGCAUAGGCAGUGCGUGACCUCACUGGAGUCGAUGAUCAAUUGCGCCACAACCCGGGUUGGGAAGGGUGCCAAAGCCGUCACGACGAGUGUGGACAAGGAUACUCAGUCCGUGAAAAGGAACUACACCAUAAAGAGAAUUUUGAGAUGCUCAGAGGGAACGGGAUGGCGGUGUGCCAUAAACUAAACUAUCCCUAUGCUGUAUACAAUGUCAUGCACACUCCGAGUCUCGGGCUCAUGUGUUCAAGGUUCCUUUUAAGAGUUCAGACGGGACCAAAGCGGAUGCACUUGCCGUGUGCCACUACUACUCAUAUAUGUGGGGAUCCUAUCUUAUCACGAUUAAUAAAAUGCUCAAAUUUAGGCCUGGAAUUGAUCAUGUAUGCCGUUUUCUAGGAAAAGAUACUAUUGUAUGGAAACCCAACAAUAGCAAAAAUUAAGGAUUUGUUUA